AUGGUCAUGAAGCCCUCGACCGACCAAGGCCUCGUGCCAGCACCGCUCUCCAAAGCGAACCCUCCCUACCCCCUCACACCGGGCGAAGAGCGCCUGUCCGCUGUGCCCUCGGCUCCCGCGCACAAUGCCUACCCGCCCAGCUCCAGCGGUACCCCGGCCUUCAACUUCAAGACCCCCGACAUCGCUCACCCGCAGAGAGGCGACGACGACCGCCUGCUUGACGACGACUCGGACUACAGCGACGAGGACUGGGACAAGUCGGACGAUGACGACGCCUGGGAUGACCCCAGCCCUGCAGGCGUCCCGGAUGCGCUCAGGCCCGCAGGCGGGAAGGCGCCAGCGGCCACGUCCAACACCGAGGCCGCUCUCCCAGAUGCUUUGAGAGCGGGUCCGCCCGCUGGUGUGCCCAUCAAGAAGUCGUGGGAGAACCUCUCGCUCGUGCCCAUCGAGAAGUCCGGGGAGAACAUCUCGCCCGUGCCCAUCAAGAAGUCGUGGGAGAACAUCUCGCCCGUGCCCAUCAAGAAGUCGUGGGAGAACCUCUCGCUCGUGCCCAUCGAGAAGUCCGGGGAGAACAUCUCACCCGUGCCCAUCAAGAAGUCGUGGGAGGACAUCUCGCCCAUGCCCACCGGCGCCAGCGCUGUGUCGUACGGCGGCGUCAGCACCAUAUCCAACGAUGGCUCAACGAGCUCCGUGCCGCUGAAGACGAACAACCCCUACCUCAAAAUGCAAGCCACCGGCCAGAGCACCUUCGAUUCAGACAACGUCUGGGGCGACUCACACGGCCACUCCCAGCGCUUCGAGCCCGUGGAGCUGCCUGCCCACCAGACACCGGCGACGCCCACCAAUCACAUGGCCAACCUGAACAUCGGCAACGACGUCCCUCAACAGCAGAGGGAGCCCUCCGUAGACCAGCCACCUCUGAUUGCUCUCGAGGGUGCUGUCCCUCACCCAGAGCCCCCAAGGCACGAUUCCACAGAUGCCAACCCAUGGAGUACGGUCGCAGACGCUGCGCCGCUCAACGGACGGCCUGAAAGCAGCUCCCCUCAAGAGACCCACACCGCAUGGCAGGAGCCAGACAUCUGGCAGCAGCAUGAGCCCACAAGGCAGACUCAGGAAGCCCCUCGUCUCCACAGCGCAGCGCAAAGUCAGGAGUCUUAUCAGGAUCAACAAGUCCCUGCAUACCCAUCCCACCAGCCACAGCCACCUGUUCAGUCCACACCACCACAUGCAGAGCAAGACUCCGCACAUGUAGCGACCCCGCCAACCUAUACGCCUCCCUCUGCUCCUCAAUCGCUACCUCCUCCCGUUUUCAAUGCCCAGGGACAGUCGCCACCUUCACCUCUGCGAGACGAGCCACUGCCACCACUGCCACCUAGGAGGUCGCUGGAGGAGCAACCACCGCCAUUCCCUCCACGACCACUCGAGACGGGCAUCACCGGGGCUACGUCCCCCGGGCCCGAAUCGCCAAACGCCGCUAUGAACCGACAGCGGAGGGAACACUACCAGAUCAAGCACAUUCGAUGGCAUGACGUAAACAAGCCUGGCAUCCGGACCUCGCCAAUCCUUACCCAGAACCUGAAUGGACCAUGUCCUUUGCUCGCUUUGGUCAACGCACUCGUACUAUCAACUCCGUCUGGCACGGACACUGCUCUGGUCGAGACACUGCGCACACGAGAGCAAGUCAGCCUUGGCCUGCUGCUCGACGCUGUCUUCGAUGAGCUCAUGUCGGGGCGGCGCGGAGAUGCAGCACAAGAGCUUCCCGAUGUGAGCGACCUGUACAAGUUUCUCCUCGCUCUGCACACUGGUCUCAACGUCAAUCCCAUGUUCGUACCUGACUCCGAAGCUACCCAUGGUAACACGGCACUUGCCCACCGCCCCGGAGCCAAGGCUGGAGGUUUUGAGAACACACCGGACAUGAGACUGUAUCGCACAUUCGACAUUCCGCUCAUCCAUGGCUGGCUUCCAGAAGCAGGCUCUGAGGCAUAUCAGGCCUUUGAGCGCGUAGCAAAGUCGUAUGAGACGUCCCAAUACGUUCAGUUCCAGGAAGAAGAACUAGACGCGAAGCUGCAGUCUGGCGAGGCCUUAUCUGACAGCGAGCAACAAAUGUUCACAGACAUCCACGCCAUUAAGGAAUUCCUCAGUCAGUGGCCUACCCAGCUGACAGAUCACGGCUUGAAGGUCAUGAAAGACAGCUUGCAGCCUGGCCAGGUCGUGAUUCUGUUCCGCAACGACCACUUCUCGACUGUGUUCAAGGAUCCUCGAACGCAGAAUCUCGUUACACUUGUUACCGACCAAGGAUACUCAACUCAUGAUGAAAUCGUGUGGGAGUCCUUGGUUGACGUCAACGGAAUGGGCAGCGAGCUUUUCUCUGGUGAUUUCCGACCCGUUGGCAACCACGACUCCGCUCCCCAGGCAGCGUUUCAGCAGCAGGAGCAGGCUCCGGUCGAUGAUAACCGCGGUUGGACGACUGUUCCAACUCGUCGACCAACCCAACAGCAAUCUGCUCCAGCUGCGGAGCCUGCAACCCGGACCGACGAAUCAACCUCAUCGACCGGUCUUAGUAGGGCCGAGCAAGAGGACCACGAUCUUGCCCUAGCGCUGCAACUCCAAGAGGAGGAAGAGGAUCGUGAAAGACGCGGAGCCGAACAACGUGUGCGAGACAACGAAGCCUCCGAGAAUGCGAUAGCAGCGCAAGCACGCGAGCGCCCCGCUAACCGUAGAGCCUCUCGUCCCGGAGAGCAGCCACCGAUUGUUCCGCCGCGCCGCAGCAACAUCACAGGCUAUAGGCCAAACGAAGGCCCAGCGCCGCCACCAACCUACGAAGAGGCUUCAACAGUCCCGCAAUACAACCCUCCGCCAGGCCACCCGGCAAGUUCAAGCGCACCACUGCCGGGCCAAGGCAGUGCCUAUCACGGCAACAGCGGCAGCGUGGCCCCGGGAACCGGGCCCUCAGGCAGACGUUUUUCUGGCCGACAACCUUCGACUUCUAACAUUGGACGACCCGGAAGGCGGCAGAGUGCCGGAGUGGCUGGGCCAAAUGGCGAAGAACGAGAGAAGUGCGUUGUCAUGUAG